AUGAUGCGCUAUUCAGAAAUACCGCGUGAUCUUGCCGACAGACACACGUGCAAAAGUAAGGUAGGCAGAGAUACGAAGCCUAGUCGGAGCUCCUCAUCAACAGGCGGCCACAACGAAUCUUUCGAUGGCGAUGGAGAUGAUGGUUAUGAACAACUUAGCACCACCGACGUGCAAAAGCAUCGGCACACGGAUAAAGCGAUAGAUGGAAGCAUCGAUACCCCAUUGAUCGAGAACGGCAAACGUAAAUCCGAACGACAUCGUGAUCGUCAUCAAUUGGAUGACAAACACUUGUGCCAUAAAGCAACCGGAGGUUCGAUCGAAAGCCUCAACGAUGGAUGUAGCACUUCAUCAUCCUUUAGACCAUGGCAUAGCUAUUCAAAAAAAUCCUACAGCUUACCGCCGAAUACUACGAUAAGCGAUGUGGGCUCGAUAGUGUUCAGCUGCCAGCAGGUGUCUCCGGCGGAACUUGCUGCUCAAAUAACACUGCUGGAUUUUCCUAUCUUCAAUGCAAUACAACCCGAAGAGCUAACUGGCUGCGGGUGGACAAAGAAAAACAAACAUACUCUAGCGCCGAAUGUGGUGGGAUUCACAAAACGCUUCAACCACACGACCUUUUGGACUGUACAAGAAAUACUCAAUGGAGUCAGCCCGAAAGAUAGAGCAGAGAUUAUCAGCCAUUUUAUUAAGGUGGCCAAGAAAUUACACGAUAUCAACAAUCUCCACUCACUAUUUGCCGUAAUAUCUGCCCUGAAGAGUGCGAGCGUGCAUCGUUUAAAGGAAAGUUGGCUGUUGGUGUCCCGCAAAGACCAACAACAGUUAGAUCGUUUGAGCCAACUGUUCGAUGAGAGCGAUAACUGGGCGGCUUUACGAAAAUGCUUGAAUCAGUUUAAACUGCCUGGAAUUCCAUAUCUAGGCAUUUUUCUGACAGAUAUUAUUUACAUCGAUCUGAUGCAUCCUAGCAAAUCGGGAGAGGAAAGUUAUGCCCGCGAAACCAAAAUGAAUAAUGUACUGCGUGUGUUGUCUAGCUACCAAAGUUCGAAUUAUACAUUCAUCAGCCCGGUGCCACCGACGCUGCGCUAUCUACAGUCGCGGCGAUAUAUCGACGAGCUUCAGAACAUAUUUGAGGAAGAUCAAUACAAAAAAUCUCUCAACUUGGAGCCCACUACCAGCGCGCCAUCCACCGCGUGUACCGUAAGACUACAAAAGCCAAAAACAGAUCAGAGUGAUAUUUCACGCAGAAACGGGAGGACCAUCGCUACUGCUCUAACAGAGGACAAAGAUUCUCCAGAUUCGAUGAUUUGCUCUCCAAGCACUAGCCACAACGCUACUGGAAGCGCGCGACAGUUCAUACCUGGCCAUAGGAAAUGCUAUAGUUUAGGAACAAACAUUUUUUAUCCUAGAUCUUCCGAACAGUCGAGCUCCUCGUCGGCAUCGAACAGUCGGCAUGUAAAAAUGAUGGAUGGUCUGAACAAAAUGCGUCACUUGCUCGAUGAUUCCUACGUGGAAGCAAGGCGUGCCCAUAGCAUCGGGGCAACCGCUAGCGGAGGCCCUAGAAGUGAUCAAGAAACGGAAACUUAUGCACCUUUGCAUCUAGUAGAACUGGAACCCAUUACGAGUGGCAAUCUAGUAGAAGGUUACCUGAAGCGGAAGACGAUUUUAAAGUACGGGCGCAAGCCGACUGUUGCUUCCUGGCAACGGUACUGGAUACUAAUAAGAUCAAGCACGAUGAUAUACUUCCCUCCAAAAACAUUUAAGGGCAACGAACGAAGUAAUUUUAAAAAGGAACCAUCGAAAAUAUUUCCUCUCGAAGGAUGGACUGCGGAAGAGUCCGAUUUGCCGCUUCAAGACGAGUUCUUCCAGCUAGUGAACUACAACCAUGGACACGCCUAUCGUUUCAAGUCGGGUUCGAAUGCGUCCGCAAAAAGGUGGCUUGCAGCAUUGAAACAGGUGACGAGUCCCAGGCCAGCAGAACCCUUGUCGAUCUCCUUGAAUCUGAUUUCAUUUGAAUAGCUUUUCUCCGCGUUCUCGCAUUCGAUUUUUAUGUUUUGGAUAUUCGAUGCUUAGUAGUACAUUACGCAUGCAUGCCCAAUAUUUUACUAAGCAACGGAAGGUGAUGCUGUUUUGUUUCAUUAUUUGUUUUAUUGCUGAGUGUUUAGCGAACAGGAUAUAAAUUAAAUGCUUUGUGCCUCGUAGUGAAAAAGGUGUUGCGACAGUGUUUGUAAAACAGAUAUAGCUGUUAUGAUCGGUCUCUCUUCGGACACUGUGGUAUUUUGCAAUCUGUUUUUUCAUUUAUGCUAGUGUAAGGUAGGCAAAUGCAAGAAUUUAAUAUGCUUCAAGGCACACUAUUGCCGAAUCGUUUAUGUGUCCAUGGUCGUGUAACACCUUAUAAAGCACUACAAGCUUAAA